AAUUAAAGAAUGCCUCUCCACCUGUGACCACCACCCUUCUCCGAGCCGCCCAGCUGCCCCUCUAAUCCCUCUUGCAUGAACCCCUUCUUUUCUCCACAUUUAUUGUUCACACUCAUAAAGUGAUUCUCAGUCACCCAACACACAAACACAGAAGCGUUUUUGUUUGUCGGUUCUUUCUAGGGAAAGAUUGAGUAAAAUGGAAUAAGAAGAAGAAGAAGAAGAAGAAGAGAUGGUGGACAUUAAGGCACAACCAGAGUCUAUUACAGCAAACCCUGAACCACCACCACCACCACCACCACCACCACCACCACCACCACCCAUCUUUACGAAAGCUAAUAACAGUGGCCAUGUUAUAUUGAAGUUUGAGGAGGUUGAUUACAAGGCUAAAACCCAUAAAGGAGGCCUGCUUAGGAAGGAUUCGAAACCAGAGGAGAAGCACAUAUUGAAGGGAAUCACAGGCAUUGUGCUACCAGGUGAAAUGCUGGCCAUGUUAGGCCCAUCAGGCAGUGGCAAAACAACACUGCUUACUGCCCUUGGAGGCCGUCUCGGUGGACGGCUCAAUGGAAGCAUAACCUACAAUGGCAAGCCCUUUUCAAACCGAAUGAAGAGGAGCACAGGGUUUGUUACACAAGAUGAUGUUCUUUAUCCACAUCUAACUGUGACUGAGACAUUAGUAUUCACUGCCCUUCUCCGGUUGCCUAAUACUAUUAGUAAAGAAGACAAGGUACGGCAUGCGGAGGCAGUUAUAACUCAGCUUGGUUUAACUAAGUGCAAGGAUAGUAUAAUUGGGAACCCCUUUCUGAGAGGGGUUUCGGGGGGAGAGCGUAAAAGGGUUAGCAUAGGGCAAGAGAUGCUAAUAAACCCUAGUCUGCUGUUUUUGGAUGAGCCCACAUCCGGCCUCGACUCAACAACCGCUCAACGCAUCGUGUCCACGUUAUGGGAGCUAGCGAAAGGAGGAAGAACCGUUGUGAUGACGAUACACCAGCCUUCUAGUAGACUAUUUUACAUGUUUCAUAAGGUGUUAUUGUUAUCAGAAGGGAACCCUUUAUAUUUUGGGAAGGGAGCAGAAGCCAUGGACUACUUUUCUAGCAUUGGAUUUGCCCCAUCGGUUGCAAUGAAUCCGUCUGAUUUUCUACUAGAUCUUGCCAAUGGUGUUUUGUCUGAUGAUAUACAUGAGGAUCCAACCACCAUCAAGCAGACACUGGUUUUAUCAUAUAGGAGCAAGAUUGAUGAAGGACUGAAGGCAGAACUCCGAGAAAUCGAUAACCACCUUCAAGACGGAUUAGAAGACAAGCAGCUAGACCGGUGGGCGACAACUUGGUGGCAGCAGUGCUCUGUGUUGUUUAGAAGAGGGGUAAAGGAAAGGAGGCAUGAAUCAUUCUCUGGCCUCAAGAUUGGUCAGGUCCUGGUUGUGGGCUUCCUUUCAGGGUUAUUGUGGUGGCAAUCUGAUUCUUCACACCUGCAAGAUCAGAUUGGGCUUCUCUUCUUUUGCUCUGGAUUUUGGGGCUUCUUCCCUCUGUUCCAAGCUAUUUUCACCUUCCCCCAAGAGCGGAUGAUGCUUGAAAAGGAAAGAUCUUCAGGCAUGUACAGGCUUUCAUCAUACUUCAUGUCAAGGACCAUAGGUGACCUUCCCAUGGAGCUGGUUCUUCCGACCAUUUUUGUUAUCAUAACCUAUUGGAUGGCAGGCCUCAAACCCAAUGCCAUUAACUUCCUACACACCUUAUUUGCUCUCCUAUUUAGCGUACUAGUUUCUCAAAGCCUCGGCCUUGCUCUGGGUGCUGCAGUAAUGGACCAAAAAUCAGCCACCAUACUAGGAUCAGUAAUCAUGCUCUCAUUCCUUCUUGCGGGAGGGUACUAUGUCCAAAAUGUUCCCCAUUUCAUAGCUUGGAUUAAAUACGUCUCUAUUAGCCAUUACACAUAUAAACUGUUGUUGGGUUCACAAUACAAGCCUAGAGACACCUACCCAUGUUCUGCCAAGACCACCUGUUUGGUGGGAGACUUUCCUGCUGUACAGCUUGUGGGCCUGGACAAGCAAAUCCUUGCGGCGGUUGCUUUGGCCAUAAUGCUUGUGGGUUACCGGCUUAUCGCUUAUAUUGCCCUCAUGAGGAUUGGAGUGCCCGGUAAAAAUAGCUAGACCCCCUUUUUAUGGUCAUGAUCAUGAAGAUAUGAGGUGGUUCACAUCAUUUUUAUAGAUGCAUUUUCUUUGUCUAUACUCUUAAGUAGAUUUGAGGUGUAAAGCUAGUGAAGAGAUUCAUAUAUAAAUGAAGUUUAAGUAGUGAAAGUUUUUCUAAGGCA